CGGGGACAAAACCGACAAAAUAACGUUUGUUUAUAUAUACAAGUUUUCAAAAGACAAAUUAAAAUAAUGUUUUACCACAUAUCUCUAGAACACGAAAUCCUACUACAUCCACAAUAUUUCGGACCACAACUAUUAGAAAAAGUCAAAACCAAAUUGUAUACCGAAGUUGAAGGAACCUGCACAGGAAAGUAUGGAUUCGUGAUUGCCGUGACCACGAUAGAUAGCAUAGGUGCCGGUUUGAUAUUACCGGGACAAGGCUUCGUAGUCUACCCCGUUAAAUACAAAGCCAUCGUGUUCCGCCCGUUCAAAGGUGAAGUCCUGGAUGCAGUGGUUCGACAAGUGAACAAAGUUGGCAUGUUUGCUGAAAUAGGUCCUUUAUCCUGCUUCAUUUCUCAUCAUUCCAUACCCGCUGAAAUGGAGUUUUGUCCUAAUGUUAAUCCACAAUGCUACAAGACCAAAGACGAAGAUGUUGUGAUACGAGCAGAAGGAGAAAUCAGAUUGAAAAUAGUGGGUACGAGAGUAGAUGCCUCGGGAAUAUUUGCAAUUGGAACCUUAAUGGAUGAUUAUUUGGGAUUGAUAAGUAAUUAAGUUGAAUAUUUUUAAAAUGUAUUUAUAAGUUAAGUAUAUAAUUUUUAAUAUAUAAAAAUCAAUCAAACAUUUA